GUAAUUAAAUAAUUAUAACAUUCAAAUCAAAUGUGUGAGUCUGUUUUUCUCGUGUCUCAAACGUAGGUCGUUUUCGUGUCAAAACCGUUGUAAAUAACCUAAAAUUUAUUGUUGUUAUUUACAAUUUCUACACCAUGUCCACAGAAGACGCCAAAAAGGCCGAAUCGGAGUUGGCCGUGGAUAAAACAAAUGACAAUGAUCUGCAGGAAGAAACCAAGCCAACAGACAGUGAAAAUGAUAGCAGCACAAAGAAGAAAGACACUAAGAAUGGGAAAAAGACAAGUGAAUCUAAUGGCACCUGCUAUUGUGGAAAAGAUAGGAAUUUGAAUAUAGCUGAAUUGCUCUGCGCCAACUGCACAAAAUGGUUUCAUGAAUCAUGCAUUGGAUACCAACUGGGGAAGCUAGUUCCAUUUCUUUCGAACUACAUUUUCUUAUGCAAGAAUUGCUCCCCAACUGGAUUGGAGAGCUUUAAGAAAAGCCAAGCCCAUAUUGCUCAAAUGUGCGUCACAGCGAUCGCGAAUCUUCAGCAAAACAGUGUUAAAGAUGGCACAAACCGAGUGCAGUUUAGCAAAGAUAAAGAAAUUAUUCCAUAUGUGGAGCACCACUGGGAAGCACUGACCCCAAGAAAGGUUACACAGUCAUGGCAGUCAACAGUGCAAAGGGCACUCUUGAAAGAUCUAAAUAUUUUGUUUUGUACAGAGGAGUCGGCUGAUGGCCAGUUUUAUGGCUUGAUAAAUACAGACCUGAACCAGAUCAAACCCAACUAUGAGGCCAUGAUCAAAGGGGGUACACUAAGAGUCACUGAUAUGGGCAUCCAGCAUGUACCGGUUUCCAGCGGCGUGAAGAAUAGGAACACCAAACGCAAGUUUCCUGGAGACGUAGGUGGUGUCGGCAAGAAAGGAAGGAACGCCGACCUGAACACCCCCAAAUUACCGUCCCAUGGGUAUCCGCUGGACCAUCCCUUCAAUAAGGAUGGAUACAGAUAUCUUCUCGCAGAGCCCGACCCUCAUGCCCCAUUCAGACAGGAAUUUGAUGAGAGUUCUGAUUGGGCGGGGAAACCCAUUCCAGGAUGGUUAUACAGAACGUUGGUGCCCAGCACGGUUCUGUUAGCUCUUCACGACAGUGCACCACAAUUGAAAAUCUCCGAAGAUCGUCUUUCUGUAACUGGUGAAAAGGGCUAUUGCACAGUUAGAGCUACGCAUUGCAUUUCGAAAGGGACUUGGUACUGGGAGGCGACCAUCGACAAUAUGCCGGAAGGUUCAGCGGCCAGGUUAGGUUGGGGCCAAGAUUACGCUAACCUUCAGGCUCCAUUGGGUUACGACAAGUUUGGAUAUUCGUGGAGAUCGAAAAAGGGCACAAAAUUUCACGAGUCUGCGGGCAAAAAAUUUAGUACCGGAUAUGGUGAAGGCGAUACAGUCGGUUUUCUUCUUAUAUUGCCAGAGGUGGUCACCACAAAGAGGAUACCUCAAACGUACAAAGAUAGGCCGUUGGUAAAAUUUAAAUCGCAUCUGUAUUACGAAGAGAAAGAUAACGUUUCGGAAUGCUUGAAGAAACUCUCAACUGUGCCGGGUAGUAAAAUGAUGUGCUUCAAAAACGGGGAGCUUCAAGGCGUGGCAUUCGAGGAGAUCUACGGCGGAUCCUAUUAUCCUACUUUAUCCUUGCACAAAAGCGCGACGGUUUCCGUUAACUUUGGGCCGAAUUUCAAGUUCGCUCCAAACACAGAUAUCGUGUAUAAAGCCAUGAAUCAAAAAGCGGAGGAGGCAAUUUGCGAGCAGACCAUGGCUGAUAUCAUCUACUUGACCGAGAACGAGGGUAAACUGCGCUUGGACAACUUCGUCAUGUGACAGUAGUAGACCUUUUUUGGUUCU